CGAUUCAUGAUUCAUCGAACAAUCACAUCGUUUAGCAUCUUUACGUUUGAUCACAGUCUUCCUCUCUCUUACUUCCAGAACUCAUAACAAAAUGGAUAAAGCAGCAAAGAAAAUGGUCGAAGCGGGCUCGAUCGCAUUGCAAACGGCCGCGACCGCUUCCGCUUCACUGGCCGCCGGCAUUGGCAAUCCCGCAGCAGCUUCGGCCGCCGUGGGAAUCACAGCCGACGCUGCCAAAGGUGCAGCCAAUGUAGCCAAGGAAGCUGCCGAAAGGGGCCUCAAGCUCGCAAAGAACCACCCCAUCACAGCAACCAUCAUAAUAGCUGGAGCAGCAGUUGUUGUCGUCCUAGGGGUUAUUGCAAUCCCAGCGCUGAACGCAGCGGGAUUUACCGCCCAAGGCAUCGUUGCAGGCUCAGUAGCUGCAGCUGCCCAGAGCACGAUCGGAAAUGUGGCCGCCGGAAGCACCUUUUCCACGCUGCAAAGUGCUGGCGCGGGAGGAGCCGGGGCAGCGGUAGUGAAUGGCGUUGUCCAGGGAGUUGGGGUUGGUGCUGCUGGUGUUGCAGCUGGGGGUAAAUAUCUGUGGUCAAAGAUGAGCAAGCUUUGACGGGAAAUUUGGUAGCUGAAGGGCUGAGGUUCUCUGAAGGAUUCAGUCCGACAUCUCUGCUUU